AUGGAUAAAUUAUUUUUGCAAUUGAAUGUGUGCACAGAGUUGAUUGACAAGUUUACAAACAUUGAGUCGUUGAAUAGAUUUUGUGCCACAUUUCACAAGUUUGCAAGUAAAUUAAAGAACUUCUUGCCCAAAACUGAUGUGGAUGGAUAUAGUAAAAUACACAUCGAGACGAUUUAUCUAUGUUUCACGCAAAUCAUCACCUGUAUUACGCAAUUGGAACGCACCAUCAAUAUUGAGGAAUCAGGUGGUUCUCCCCUGUUGGCAACUCGAACACAUUUUCGGGAUCGCAUCGAGUGGUGUCUGCGUCGGCUGCAGGCUUCGAUAUAUCAGCUGAAUGAGGAGGCAAUAGCCAGCACUCCAGUCAAACUGGAGGAUCUGUCGUUUGUGGAGCUGUUGGAUUUGGCGCUGGAUAAAUUGGAGAGCUAUAGCGACAUAGUGGAGGAGGAGCAGGAUGACCCUUUCGAUGCUAGAGAGCAGCUUCAGCUAAUGGAUCAAGUUAAUCACAUUGUCCGGCAUGCUUUGGCCUUUGCCAAUGUCGCACUCGAGUCGGAUAAGAAGGCCCUGACUGCCAUCUGUGAAACGGUUCUAGAUGAAUGUGUCACUUUUGAAAAGAACUUUGAGAACUAUAAUCGAAAUGAGCGUAAAUUGGAAGCUUUGUCUCUGCAAAGAGCCCUGUAUUCAGUGGAAACAUAUCUGAAUGAAGCUCUAUUGCGCCUGAUCUUCAACAGCCUCGGGGAGACAUCUUAUAUAAGUGAAUUGAAAAACGCUUUGCAACAGGGCGAAUCUUCGGCUGAUGUGAAGAAAUUGAUUUGUGAUUUCGACAUCAAUGUGGAUCGCAUACAACAGAUCGGCGUCUUUGCCAUAGCCUUUACUCCAGAUGUGAAAACGAAGACAAUCAUCCGAAGUUGUUUGGCCUCUUUGGAGUCCUUGGAUGCGUGUAUUGUACCCGCAUUUCAAUUCCAAGCUACGACUUCGGCUUUAUACCAUGCAGACAUUCUGGAAAAUCAUUUCAAGGAAGAGCUACUGAUGUUUCGCAAUGUUGUUCACGAAAUAAUUGACAGUCGAGCCUUGAUCAGCAACUAUUUGGAUAUCUUAGACGAGAGCAUUGACAAUGCAGCGACACUCUAUCCCAAGGGCCAUUUACUGAAAGUAAGCCAAAUGGGAAACGUUUUAUUCGAACACUUUCAGCUUAAGGUGAACUAUCAAGAGCUAACUGAGGAUGUAGAAGGCAAACGAUUGCAUCAAGAUUUUAUUGCGAUUUUACGUGAAUGCCAGGCAGUACUUGAAAUAUCCAUUCAAGUAGAUCUGAAACGUAUUAUAAAGCGUUUGAAGAUUUUGUAUUCGGUUUUAGCAAAACUACGCGAUGUCUGCGAUAGACUAGUCUACCAGAGAUCUGUCUGCAAAAAUGAAAAGUCCAUGACGACAUCAACGCAAUUACGAAAUGCCUCUCAAUCAUUUGGUAAUCGGAAAAGAGAAAAUACUAUUGUAAAUAGGUCCUCAACAUCAUUAAAUCAGGAGAGUGAUCUUUUAAGUUUUCACCUGACUGAAAUUCUGCGUAUAACUUAA